CUGGAGCCCUAGCAACAGCUUCGCGAGGGUUGGUCAGUGGUAGUUUCGGUGUUUUUGGCGCGCUGUGUGGGUUUGAACUUUGUAGAGUAACGGCUGAUGUUGUGUGGAGAGGGAGAUUGGGAUCUUCACGGUGGUGGACUGUGCGGCGGGCCGUUAGGGAGGGCCGUGAUGGGGUGUUUUGCAUGGAGAGGCUUGGGGACGGAGGGGGGUGAGGGGAUGAGGGGAGUUUGGGUAGUAGAGGGGAAUUUUGGGGAUGGCGGUGGUUUUUCUACGCGAGCACAGGUGGCUGGGAUGGGGGAUCGCGAUGCGAUGCAGGUGUGACGACAGACGGGUGGGAGAUCGGCGGUUUGAAUCGAUGAGAUAGGUUGGGUAUGGAACGGGGGGCUUUGGUGCUCCUUCGUGUGUGUUUGGGGGAUUGUAGAUCGAGGGGGUUAG